GUUACGUUUUCGUCCUGACUUGCUCAAACUGACUGCAAAGUCGUUUAACGUGCCGAGAAUUUCCAUUCAUUAGAUUUAGGCCUUUCAAAUCAACUGAGGCUAGGUUUUCAUGGUCCUGGAAUUUCCAACAGCUUAUACAUGGAGAGGCUGACGAGACAUCUAUUAUUACACCAAUUUUAGGCUGACACUAUGUGGCUGACGACCGUUGGGGUCACUGUUGACUAGAUGGUAGUGAGGAUUAGGUUUCCGUAGUGCAAUUACCUGUAUCCUUGCGUCCGGCGUGCCUGCAGGUACCGUGCUGUGUAAUGAUGAUAAUGAUGAUGGUGAGUGUAUAAUAAAGCUAACUUGCCAGCUCUUGCCAGGUACCUGGGCGCUUCUGUAUUCUUCUUCGUUAUCUUCAUGCCUUUCGUAGAAAUUGGCGACGUGGAUCGCAAAUCAUUUGACUAUGUUGUGAUUGGUGGAGGGACGGCCGGUUUGGUUCUUGCGGCGCGUCUUUCCGAAAAUGCUAUAGAGUCUGUCCUCGUUUUAGAGGCUGGGGAACCCAAUUUGGACGACCCUAUUAUCAUGCGUCCUGGCCAAUACGGUCACACUUUUGGUAAAUCCAAGUACGGGUGGUCCUUCAAAACGGUUCCACAAAAGUUUGCAAAUGACAAGGAAUGUUUCUGGCCACGCGGCAAAGGGCUUGGUGGAUCCUCGGCGAUGAACUUUGGCAUCUGGUCAAAGCCUCCUAGGGAAGACAUUAAUGAUUGGGAAAAACUAGGGAACCCUGGGUGGAAUUGGGAAACAUAUGAGAGAUACUGCGACAAAGCAGCAUCCUACGUGCCACUGGGACCCUUGGCCCCUCAAGCCUCUAAGCGCGACAGCAGCACUAUGGGAACAUGGCAGCAUCCACGGGGCACAGGUCCGCUCAAGAUAGCUCAUCCCCAAAGUGUCCCUGAUGUGGACCUUAAGCUGCAAGAAACCUUCAUUAACCUCGGCAUACCCUUGGCUUCGGCACCAGAUGGCGGAGAGCCUAGUGGGGCACAGGUCGCCCUGAACACAGUCGAUCCAAAAACACAUACACGCACUUACUCCUCGGCAGCUUAUUUGGAACCUAAUCUAUCCAGUCGGAACUUGCUGGUUUUGUCCAAGGCGUAUGCGCGAAAGUUGAUUACGAAGACCGAGGUUGGCUUUCUCACUGCAACUGGCGUUGAAUUCUCUUAUGGGGAAGGAAAUGUUGUCCAUGUUGCUCACGCGAAGAAAGAAGUCAUAUUAUGUGCGGGAGCACUCAAAUCGCCGCAAAUUUUAGAGCUUUCGGGCAUCGGUCGCCCUGAAGUUCUGUCAAACAUUGGCAUCCCAGUGAUGCUUCCCCUCGACGGAGUCGGUGAAAACGUUCAAGAUCAUAUAUGUGCAGGUGUGGUAUCCCAACUCAAGGACGACUUAACCGACGAGACAUUUGACUUGCUACGUGAUCCCGAACAAGCGAAGAAACAUGCCGAACUUUUCACUCAAGCAGAAGGCGUAUCUAUGAUGGGUAUUGUCAACCUCACCCUUACAUCCCUCCACUCGGUUUCUCCUCGUACUGCUGAGCUGAUUGACAUCGAGAAACGCAUUGUCGAGGCGAACAUCAAGGCCAGGAACUAUCAUCCGGGCUUGGUCGACCAAUACAGGUUGAUGUUUCAGAGACUAGAACGUAAGGAGCCCGGUUGGGAGUUCCUUGGUAUCCCAGUCCAUCUGAGUAGCCUGCAACCACCCGAACCUGGAAAAAGAGGAACCAUUCAUGCCAAGUCAGACGAUCCUAUGGUUGACCCUAUAUUUGACCCUCACUAUUUUGAGCGUGACAUUGAUUUACAAGGGUUGGUUGACAUGGUGAAAUAUGUUCGCAAAAUAUGCGAUACUGCACCCUAUAAAGAUGUCCUCGCUGCCGAGAUCGUUCCUGGGCCUGAAGUCCAAACCGACGACGAGAUCACAGCCUGGGUGAAGAAAGCCAUAAGUACUGUGUUCCAUGUCGCUGGCUCCCUAUCAAUGCUUCCUCGCGAGAAAGGUGGUGUCGUAGACUCAGAAUUGAAGGUGUAUGGAACUACGAACAUUAGGGUGGCAGAUUUGUCUGUCGUUCCUCUUCAUUUUUCGGCGCAUCCACAAGCCACCGUUUAUAUCAUAGGAGAAAUAGAUAUAAUACUAGGACGUUUAGAGCUAAGAUAAAGCACUGUUUGGUACCCGUACAAAUCGUUAAUUGUACGAGUUCGCUUCCAAGUCAACGUUAAAUUGGCCUUUACUAGGCCGAAGCUUUCCGCUUUGGCAUAUGCAUCCUUUAUCACGCGACUGCAUGCUAAUCGUCGAAGCUAACUGAAAGGGCUUGAACUUUUUCAGCCAGUUGUUUAAGAGGUCUAUCCG